AUGUCUAUCCUGAAGUUGGUCGAGGAUCGGCCGACGCCCAAGGCCGUCUACAACUGGAGGGUCUACCUCCUGGCCGCCGUCGCAUCAUGCACCUCCUGCAUGAUCGGCUAUGACAGUGCCUUCAUCGGCACGACCCUAGCUCUGGACUCGUUCAAGAGCGAGUUUCACUUCGACACCAUGUCGACCACCACCAAGAACCUGAUCAGCGCCAACAUUGUGUCCUGCUAUCAGGCUGGUGCUUUCUUCGGAGCCUUCUUCGCGUACCCUAUUGGCCACUUCUGGGGCCGCCGCCUGGGUCUGAUGGUUUCCGCGCUGGUUUUCGUCCUUGGUGCUGGUCUCAUGCUGGGUGCGAACGGCUCCCGCGGUCUUGGUCUGAUCUACGGUGGACGAGUGUUGGCCGGUCUCGGCGUCGGCGCCGGCUCCAACCUUACUCCUAUCUACAUCUCCGAGCUGUCACCCCCUGCCAUUCGAGGUCGACUGGUCGGUGUCUACGAACUGGGCUGGCAGAUUGGUGGUCUGGUGGGUUUCUGGAUCAACUAUGGUGUCGACCAGACGCUGGCCCCAAGCCACAAGCAGUGGUUGAUCCCCUUCGCCGUUCAGCUGAUCCCUGCCGGCCUCUUGUUGAUGGGUGGUGCCUUCAUCCGCGAGUCGCCCCGUUGGUUGUUCUCGCGUGGUCGCCGCGAGGAGGCCAUCAAGAACAUCUGCUGGAUGCGCCAGCUGCCCGCGGACGACAUCUAUAUGAUUGAGGAGAUCGGUGCGAUCGACCAAGCUCUGGAGGAGCAGCGCACGACUAUUGGCAUUGGCUUCUGGAAGCCAUUCCAGGCCGCCGGCACCAACAAGCGUGUCAUGUGGCGUCUGUUCCUGGGCAGCAUGCUGUUCUUCUGGCAGAAUGGCUCCGGCAUCAACGCCAUCAACUACUACUCCCCGACCGUAUUCAAGAGUAUUGGCGUCACUGGCACCAACACCAGCCUGCUGACCACCGGUAUCUUCGGCGUAGUCAAGACUGUGGUCACGUUCGUGUGGCUGCUGUAUCUCAUUGAUCAUGUCGGUCGGCGCAACCUGCUCCUCAUCGGCGCCGCCGGUGGCUCUGUCUGCCUGUGGAUCGUCGGCGCGUACAUCAAAAUCGCCGAGCCGGCGAAGCAUCCCAAGGCCACCAUGGACGGUGGCGGUAUCGCGGCCAUGUUCUUCUUCUACCUUUGGACCGUCUUCUAUACCCCGACCUGGAACGGUACCCCCUGGGUUCUCAACUCGGAAAUGUUCGACCCGAACAUGCGUUCGCUGGCCCAGGCUUGCGCCGCCGCCUCCAACUGGCUGUGGAAUUUCCUCGUCUCGCGCUUCACCCCGCAGAUGUUCACAACCAUGGGCUACGGCGUGUACUUCUUCUUUGCCUCGCUGAUGAUCCUCUCCAUCUUCUUCGUCUUCUUCCUCAUUCCGGAGACCAAGGGUAUUCCGCUCGAGAGCAUGGACCAGUUGUUCGAGAUCAAGCCUGUCUGGCGCGCGCACGGCGAGAUGCUUGCCAAGAUGCGCGAGGACGAGGCACAGUUCCGCCACGAUAUCGAGGAGUCCGGCUUUGCCACGACUAAACUUGACGCCGAGCAGGUCGAGGACACUACCGCGCGCGAGCCGAAAACUUCGUAUGCAUGA